UUUGUUCGGCUUAAAUUCGAGUCGGUAUAAACAGAAAGUGUCGCGUGGGCCGCGGAACCCUCUUAAUUUCUCUUAAAAAAAGCACCAGCGCGACUGCGCUUGUCGUGAUAGUUAACGCUAGUUAGCGGAUAAUUAAGCUAACCCGAGGCUAAGGUGACGUUAGCAUGACACAACACCUGAGAUAGUCGACUUUGUCGCCGCUCGUCUUUUCACCGGCUUUUGUUUUUUGUACCACGACAGUCCCCCGGUUGGGACGGACUCGCCGCUGUUUACUUCAUCCGCACCCAGACGCGAUGGACGAAGCCAGGUUAGCUUAAACGAACUGUUUACCUCACCUGUCAGACGAGCCACCUGUUGAUCCUGUCUGCGGACCGCUAGUUGCUGACAGAAGACGAUGUUGUUGAUGGCGAAGUCCUCCAAAGCUUAGUUCCCAGCUCUGUUUUUCGAAAGGUCUUCCAAAUAGUCCAACAACGAGGACAACAAGUGGCCUUGUGUGAAUGUUUCCUGGCCCCGUUCCUCCUACCUCGUGUAUGUUCCCUGCCGCCACAUCCUCACUAUGGAUUCUGUAAGACUUCCCCCUUGUUUGGAUCCGAGUGUCGGACACAGUCACCACCACGUAGUCGUUAGAAGCACCCGGCCGUAGGAUAGUUUGAGUCUGCCAUACUAGCCCCAUCCUCUGUCUUCCCUUCGAGGGAUUAUCGGCCCAGUUCCCAACACUGGACAUGGAUGGGAGGACUGACCAUAUUUUCCAAUCCACGCCUUGGAUGAUACUAUUUUGGGCAUCUUUCUCCCUCCCUCUUCCAACGGCGGGAUAAGGGCAUCAUCAUCUGGAAGAUGAGACGCUGCAACAAUUCUACGUGUUGGUUUCACUUGAAAUCCUGGAGAUAUCUGUUACGUGAUCAAUUGUUUUGUGAGAUCACACUUUAAGCAUUUUUGGAGCUUGCUUGAGUUUUUUUUUUAAUUUAUUCUCUCCCGUAUUUACAAAUAAACUGCAUCUGUUUGUUGGCUCCCUCAGGCUCUAACGUAGGCCCGAUCGGCCUCACUGGGGAGCUAUAUCAGAAAUCGGAUAAGCCCAAACUUUUAUAUUUGAUUUCCAUUCGGGGCCAGAGAGAAACAAACCACGAGCGAAGUUCCGUGUUGUCGUGGCAUGGCGGCAGAGCACGGCGAGCUGCUGGCUGAAAUGGCCACAGUCGGGCGCCUGAGCGCCACAGAGCGCCUGAAGCACGCCCAGAAGCGGCGCACCCAGCAGCUGAAGGGUUGGGCGCAGAUGGAGAAGGACGGAGUGCGAGGGUCGAGGGCCAAGGCGGAUAAGAAGAAGGCGCGCACCACCAAAGUCACUUUCCCCCAGUCCAUCACGCUGCUGGAUGCGACUGCACGCAAUGACCUGGAGGAGGUGAGGGAGCUUCUUAAUAGCGGUGUCAGCCCAGAUCUGGUCAACGAGGAUGGACUGACAGCCCUGCAUCAGUGCUGCAUCGAUGAUUUUGUGGAGACAGUGCAGUGCCUGCUGGAUGCCGGUGCCUGCGUGAACGCUUGUGACAGCGAGCUGUGGACGCCGCUGCACGCUGCCGCCACCUGUGGACACACUGGAUUGGUGCAACUCCUGAUUCAGGCUGGGGCCGACCUGCUGGCUGUCAAUGCGGACGGCAACAUGCCCUAUGACCUCUGUGAAGACGAGGCCACCCUUGAGCUGAUGGAGAUGGUUAUGACUGAACAGGGGAUAACUCAGGGUCGUAUAGAUGAAUGUCGAGGGGCUAAAGAGGGGACCAUGCUGGCUGACAUUCGGGCCCUGGUUCAGAGCGGAGCGGACUUGAACGCACAGGAUGCUAACGGAGCUACACUGCUCCACAUAGCGUCCGCUAACGGCUAUGUGUCCGUGGCGGAGCUGCUGCUGGAGCACAGCGCUGCGGUGGAGGGUAAAGACUCUGAUGGCUGGACGCCGCUGCAUGCCGCCUCCUGCUGGGGACAGAUCCAAAUGGUGGAACUGUUGGUGGCCCAUGGAGCCAGUUUGGACACAAAGUCCGUCCUAGAUGAGACGCCAAUGGACGUGUGCAUGGAUGAAGAGGUCAGAGCCAAACUGAUGGACCUGAAGCACAAACACGACGCCAUCAUGAAGAGCCAGGACCAGCAGAAGAGCACGCUGAAAAGACGAGCCUCCAGCACCGGCAGCAGAGGUAAGGUGGUGCGUCGCGUCAGUGUCAACGAGCGCUCCAGCCUGUACCGCCGGGAGCACCACAAGGAGGCCAUCGUGUGGCAGGGGCGCGGCCGGCAGUCGGAGCCUCAGGACGACGACGAGGACCGACAAACGGACAACGAGCUGCACCAGCAGCACGCCGCCACGGCCGCCGGUGGUGCCGCCACAACAGGCUUGGCGGAACUGGAGGCCGCCGACAGGAAAACAGUGUCGAGUGUAGGCAACGGGGGGACCUCGGUGUCCCUCUCGUCCUCGCUACCUGGAGAGCUGCGGAGUGGUGGGAUUCUCAUGGAGCGCAGCGCCUCCUACCAGCUCAGCCCCGCGUCCGCAGCCGGGCCGGCGUCCACGGUAGGAGAGGGGGCGGACAGUAUGACUCGGGAGAGAUCGCACCAAACACUGGCCGAGCUGAAACGCCAGCGGGCGGCCGCCAAGCUCAAUAAGUACCCGGCACCUCCACCGCCGCUUGCUCCCGCCUUAGAGGAGGAGCCACCCGGAGCCGAGGUGGCGAACGCUCCUGCCCAGGCGGAGCUCCAAGCGACCCCCGAAGCGCAGGACGCGGCCUCCCUGAGCCAGGUGUACUUCACCCCGGCCAGCGGAGACCCUCCUCUGCUGAAACUACGAGCCCCCGAGGAGGAACAGUCUAACAACAAGGAGCCCUGCUGUGGACUCAUGUAGACAGUCUGACACACAGAUUGCCUACAGAGCAGAGAAGCAUUUUGCAGCGCAAAGUGACAUAAACCUGCUUGAAAUGAAUGAGGCUGCAAGUUGAGGCCACAUGCCAACCAGGGUUCCGCCCACACUGCAUUUCAGAGAACUGAAGAUGUUAGGAGUCUAUCAAGUGUACUCAAGUGGAGAAGUACAGGUUCUAGUUUUGCAAUUACAAGCAAAUAUUUGCUUUGCUUGGUCUUGGUCUCGACAUUUAACUUCUCCCCUUGUGCACUGCUCAACUACUGUAGAUCGACAUUUCAAUGAAAAGCCUUAAUCGGGGCCGAAGUGUAAAAGCAGUUCAAGAUUGUGUUUUAAAAUUAAGAAUGAGAUACCGUUUUCUUUACCAAGUGCUAUAAGGGUAUGUGAUUUAUUUGCAUUAUAAGCCACUAGUUAGUUGUGGUUGAGAGAUUGUUUGUUUGGUCAUGAUAGCUUCAAAGUAUGAUAUACUCUAUAUUUACAUUAAGACAAAGAUGAAAACACUGUUCCCUUGCUUGAUUUCUUCUUUUUAUGGGGAUUCUGAAAAUAUGCUGAGGCUUCAUUUUUUAAAUUACUUUACAGUGCACAGAAAAGCCUACAUUUCAACAUUUGAUACUGUGCAAUUUGUAAAUCAGCUGUUUGUCACAAAAAUAACGUCAUUAUCUAUAUAUUUAAAGCAGUAGAAAAUUGACUCAGCCCCUCAUGGUUAUUUCUAUUUUUUGUCAGUAUUUCUAUUUUUCUACUCUGAAUGAAUCACAUUAUUUAUUCUAUCUGAUACUGAAUAGUGCUGGUGGUGUACAGUGUACAUUUUUUGUAAAGAUAAAUAUGUAAUGUAUCAAUUUUUCUUUUUGUAAAACCAAAUGAACUUGUCAUAUGAUUAUUUUUUGUCAAAGAUUGGUGCCUUGUUUAGGUAUCAAAUUUGAUAUAUAGGUUUGCAAUGCUUGCACAAAGUCCCACGUGUAAAGUUGGUGAGCAGUGGGAUCAAAGGAUAUAUUCCUCCAACUUGAUGUGCUGUCAGUGCACUCUAAAUUCUAUAUUACAAUUCAGUUUUGUUAGAGAUUUUUACUGAGCCCUAUCUAAAAAUAUAUAUAUAUAUAUUAAACUGAUUCUCAAAUAAUCCUUUCCUAUUUUC